ACUACAAGGUCGAGCACUCCCUGAAUUUAUAGUCCCCCACCUGUGCGAUCAUCACCCACCAUCCCACAGGUGACUGGGGAGCGGGAGCUUUGCCCAGAUAUCCUGGGGGGGUCCCUGGGUUGGGUUUAUUUGGGGGGGGGAUGUUUGGAGAAUGUGGAACUCCAAAGCUGAGUGGAAAAUCCUACUUGGGGGGAUAUUGGGGGGUCCCACCAUCCUUAAGUGGGGAGAUGGAAACAGGGGGAACUUUUCGGAUUCCUGGCACUCUCAGCAGCCCGGGGAGGGCAGGGACCAAGCCGACAGGUGAUCCCCAGUACAAGCGUGACUCCCAGCAGCUGGGACAGGGGGGAACCCUUGAACCCCAAACAGGAGAGACCAGAGAUGGGGAACUCCUGGGAGGCAUUUUCAGGCUGAAUUUUGGUGUUUUCUGGAGGUUUUAUGGACCCCAGAUGUCCGAUGACUUCUAGAGAUGAACACGGGCAGAGGGACCUGCAAACUCAAUGUCCUCAUCCCUUGUAUUUCCCCAAACCAGGAUUUCCCAUUGCCAAACCUUGGCUGGAUGGAGAGGAAGGCUGCAAGGAAGAGGAAGAUGCCUCGGGACACCCAGGCAGACAAGGAGCUGAGGAUGGAGACCAGGGAGGACAAAUCCCUGCAGCAGAACCUUGUGGAAGAGGCUGAUUUGAGCAGUUCCACAGUGCAGGAAUCCAAUGGGGAGGAAAAGCCCCGGAGAUCCCGCAGGAGGAGAAGCUCCAAACCCAUCCCAGGGUGCUCUGAGGAGGAAAGACCCACCCUGUGCCGGGAAGGCGGCCGGAGAUCCAGCCGGGGCUCUGAGCUGGUGGUCCAUGAGCAGCUUCAGGAUGGGGAGAAGUGCUACAAGUGCUUGGAGUGUGGGAAGAGCUUCAGCCAGAGCAACAGCCUGAUCUGCCACCAGAUGAUCCACACUGGGGAAUGGCCCUACAAGUGUGGGAAAUGUGGGAAGGGCUUCAGCUUUAACUCCAAACUCAUCAUCCACCAGCGCAGCCACACUGGGGAGAGGCCCUACGAGUGUCCCGAGUGUGGGAAGAGUUUUCGGAUCAGCUCCAGUCUCCUCGUGCACCAGAGGAUUCACACAGAGGAGAGGCCCUUCCGCUGCCCUGACUGUGGGGAGGGCUUCAAGCACAGCUCCACCCUCACCAUUCACCGGCGCAUCCACACUGGGGAGAGGCCCUUCAAGUGUGGGGAAUGUGGGAAGAGCUUCAGCCGGAGGUCCCACCUGAUCCGCCACCAGAGGACCCACUCCGGGGAAUGUCCCUAUGAAUGUGAGGAAUGUGGGAAGAGCUUCAGCCGGAGGUCCCAACUGACCAUCCAUCAGAUGAUCCACACUGGGGAGAGGCCCUACGAGUGUCCAGAAUGUGGGAAGAGGUUUCAGACCAGCUUCCAGUUCCUCAGGCACCAGCAGAUUCACACGGAUGAGAGGCCCUUCCGCUGCCGUGACUGUGGGGAGCGCUUCAAGCAAAACUCCCACCUCAUCACCCACCGGCGCAUCCACACUGGGGAGAGGCCUUAUAAGUGUGGAGAAUGUGGGAAGGGGUUCAGCCAGAGCUCCAGCCUCAGUACCCACAAACGCAUCCACACCGGGGAGAGGCCCUAUGAGUGUCCCCAGUGUGGGAAGAACUUCUCAGACAGCUCUCAAUUGACCAGACACAAACGGAGGCACCACUAAGGGAAGCCCUGCGAGUGCUCCAAGUGCAGGAAGAGCUUCGUGCGCUGCUCCAACUCCAUCCCCCAUCAGUGGACCCACGUUGGGCAGAGCCCUGAUGGCCCAUGUUCCCUGUGAUCUGUGUUGGGAAGACACUGGGCUGGUGGUCAUUUUGGUUUUGUUCUAAUUAUCUUUAGAUUCAUCUUCAUCCCUUUGGAACAGACUAAAUUGGGGUAAAAAUCAACAAAUUAAUGGCAUCUAAUUAAUCAAUGGCACCUAAAACCUCACAUUUUACUAGUGCUUCAAGAGCAACUGGGAAUCAGGGAGCUACUUGAGAGUAUUUAGGGGUUGUGGGGUAUUUGGAGUUGUCUCCAUUUCUUGGCACUCAAAGAGAUGAGGGGCUUCAAUCUGUCACCUCAAGACCUCUCAGUGCCUCUGAAUGCUAAUCAGUCCCACCCCAAAAUUAUUCAAUUCCACCCCCCCUCCAGCUAUGAUGCCCUUAGUUUUAGCUUUCAUAUUUUUCAUAUUCUGCACUGCCUAGGUUUGUAGUUUUGAACUUCAUAUUAAUUGUUAGUGUCAGAAAAAAUUAAUCCACAAACACCAGAGGUUUAUAUCCAAAAAGGAGAUAGAGGAGUGCUUUCAAUUUUUUCAAAUAAAGGGAGAGGCCAUGGGGCAUUCCCCUGGGAUCUCUCUAAUUUUUGGAGGGCG